GGACAACUGGAAUGCGGAUAGCCCCUACCUAUUCCGCCGCCGCUGGACUCGCGGGCGACUGUACAUCUGUCACCCUUUGAUGUCGACACAGCGCAUACAUGUGUAAUUGUUAUGAAUGAAUGUUGUCCAAAUGUAAAUAAAGUUUAGUUUGUUAUUGUUCGUUUUAUCGUAACAAUGCGAUUUUAAUUCGUCGUCCGAAUUAUAUGUUUUAAUUUGUUUCUCGCACUAAUGACCGCAGUACGCGAGUUCGGCCACCACGUACGGGCGCGGGAUACAAAAGUGGCGACUUCGGGAGUGGUUAAUAUUGUGAAAAAAGAUAAUUAAUUAGCCACCGUGUCACCCACGGCGAAGCGGCGAAGAAUGAGUGAGGGUAGUGCUGGUCAGAUCCCGCCGCAAAAUGGGAACCAGCAGCCUCCGACGAACGUGCAGCAGCAGUUUCGACCGCCGCCGGUAGUGAAUGUGCCCCCUCCCAGUGCGAGUUUUGCUCCGCCCGGACAGAUGGACCCGUACUUACUGUGGUUCCAGCAGCAGCAGCAAAGUUAUGUUGCAGAGCUUUUCCGGCAGCAGCAGGAGGUGAUGCAGCAGCAGCAGCAAUCGUUCAUGGCCCAGCAGGAACAGUUGAUACGGAGCAUCCUGACGUCGAUCCAGGUGCAGGUUCCGUCGAAUCCGGAGGCGAUAUUGGACUCGCUCGCCAGCAAUAUAAAGGAGUUCCGAUACGAUCCGGAAAACAACGUUACGUUUGCUGUUUGGUACAGUCGGUAUGAGGACCUGUUCGAGAAGGAUGCCAGCCGAUUGGACGGUGAAGCGAAAGUGCGAUUGCUGAUGCGGAAGCUGGGGAUGUCGGAACACGAAAGGUACGUCAGUUUCGUUCUACCGAAAGCCCCGAAGGAGUUCGACUUUCCGAUGACGGUGAAGAAAUUGAGUGUUUUGUUCGGUGCAGCCGAGUCCGUCAUCAGUCGGCGAUAUCGUUGCCUGCAGAUUUCGAAGCAGCCGCAGGAGGACUACGUGUCGUACGCGUGCCGCAUCAACAAAUCAUGUGUGGAGUUCGAGUUGUCCAAGCUUUCGGAGGAGCAGUUCAAGUGCCUCGUGUUUGUGUGUGGACUGAAGUCGGACAAGGAUGCGGAAGUGCGGCUGCGGCUUUUGUCGAAGAUCGAGGAGCGGAACGAUGUGACGUUGGAGCAGCUUUCCGAAGAGUGUCAACGAUUGCUGAAUUUGCGACACGAUACGGCGAUGAUCGAGGAGCACUCGACCGCCGUGAAUGCCCUGAGGACGAAUCAGCAGCGGUUCAAGAGUGGAUCACCGUCGAAAUUCCACCAGUCGGGUGGGGAGAAAAGUGGUUCCGGAUCAAGUAGCGGCAAGGCAAGUCCGGAAAUAGCGUGCUGGCUCUGCGGAGGAAUGCACUACGCCAGAGAGUGCAGCUACAGGACCAGUAAGUGCAGCGAUUGUGGCAAGGUUGGCCAUAAAACUGGUUACUGUAGGAGUGCAGCGAAGGUCAAGCCCCGGCGAUGGAAGCAAAAUGUCGCAUCGACGAAAGUAGUGACCGUCAACUCGUGCAGUGUGCAGCAGCGUCGAAAGUACGUACCGGUCGGGAUCAACGGAUCGCCAGUGCGUCUGCAAAUCGACACCGGUUCAGACAUCACCAUCAUUUCUUCGGAAUCGUGGAGGAAGAUUGGCAGCCCUUCAAUGACCGUGUCGACGGUCGUAGCCAAGUCAGCGAGCGGUAGGCCCCUGCAGAUUGAAGGUGAGUUCACAUGCGAUCUUUCCAUUGAUGGACGAGUGAUGCGUGGCACGGUACGUGUUACGAAGGAGGACCUCCACCUACUGGGUUCCGACAUGAUCGAUGUUUUUGGAUUGUGGUCGGUUCCGUUGGACUCCAUUUGUAACCGUGUCAGCAGUACUCCAGCCAGCGUAAGUAAGCUGCAAGCCGAGUUCCCGCGAGUGUUCGCUGGUAGUCUCGGGCUCUGCAAGAAAACGAAGGUGCAGUUCCAGCUGAAGACCGGAGUGACCCCUGUGUUUCGGCCGAAGCGUCCGGUUGCGUACGCGAUGUACCAGGCAGUCGACAACGAGCUGGACCGAUUGGAACGUGCGAAGAUCAUCACACCGGUAGAUUUUUCGGAGUGGGCAGCUCCGAUUGUGGUGGUCCGUAAAGCGAAUGGGAAGAUCAGGAUCUGCGGAGACUAUUCGACGGGACUGAAUGAAGCGCUGCAACCUCAUCAGUAUCCGUUACCUCUACCGCAGGAUAUCUUCGCCAAUCUUGCAAACUGCACGGUCUUCAGUCAGAUUGACCUGACGGAUGCGUUUCUGCAAGUGGAGGUGGACGAAGGCUCUCGUAACCUCCUGACGAUCAACACGCAUCGUGGUCUGUACCGCUACAAUCGUCUUCCGCCGGGAGUGAAAGCUGCGCCCGGAGCAUUUCAACAGCUGAUCGAUACGAUGUUGGUCGGGUUGAAAGGAGUGAGCGGCUACCUGGACGACAUUGUUGUUGGCGGCGUCGACGAAGAAGAUCACAACAGGAAUCUUCGUGCGGUGCUGCAGCGGAUCCAGGAGUUCGGAUUCACCAUCCGAGCGGAAAAGUGUAGCUUCGGGAAGAGCCAAAUCCGCUAUCUGGGGCAUCUGUGCGAUCGGCACGGAAUACGGCCUGACCCGGCAAAAAUCGAAGCGAUCCAGAUGCUGCCUGCGCCGAAGGACGUCAGCGGAGUUCGUUCUUUUCUGGGCGCAAUAAACUAUUACGGAAAGUUCGUGCCCAACAUGCGCACGCUUCGGUUCCCGCUCGACGAGCUGCUGAAAGAGAAAGGAGAGUUCCGAUGGACUGCCGAGUGUCAGCGUUCCUUCGAACGGUUCAAGGAGAUCCUUGGUUCCGACCUUCUGUUGACCCACUACGAUCCGCGACGAGAGAUCAUCGUUUCGGCGGAUGCUUCAUCGAUCGGCGUCGGCGCAACUAUCAGCCAUAGGUUCCCCGACGGUUCAAUGAAGGUGGUUCAGCACGCGGCACGAGCGCUUACGAAGGCGGAGAUGGGCUACAGCCAGCCGGAUCGCGAAGGACUGGCAGUGGUGUUCGCUGUAACGAAAUUCCACAAGAUGAUUUUCGGCAGGAAGUUUCGUUUGCAGACCGACCACGCACCUUUGGUUCGGAUCUUCGGCUCACGGAAAGGUAUUCCGGUGUACACUGCGAACCGUCUUCAGCGCUGGGCGCUGACGUUGCUGUUGUACGACUUCACCAUCGAGUACGUGCAAACGGAGAAGUUCGGGAACGCCGAUGUCCUGUCGAGGCUGAUCAACAACCACGCCAAGCCUGACGAGGAUUACGUGAUUGCGAGCGUGAUUCUGGAGGAGGAUUUGCGGUUUGUGGCGGACGAAGCAGUAAGCUGUCUUCCGCUUAGUUUCAAGUCGGUGGAACAGGAGACGCAAUCCGAUGAACAGCUGCGCAAAGUGUACCGGUAUCUUCGAGAAGGCUGGCCGGAAGAGGCGAAGAUCGUGGAUCCGGAGAUACGCCGGCUCCAUGGAAGGCGAGAUUCGCUGUGCACCGUUGGGAAGUGCAUCAUGUUCGGAGAAUGCUUGGUGAUUCCCGAGAAGCAUCGGCAGCGGUGUCUGCGGCAGCUGCACCGGGGACACCCCGGAAUCCUACGAAUGAAGGCGUUGGCGAGAAGUUAUGUGUAUUGGCCGUUGAUUGAUGAGGAGAUUGCCCAGUACGUGAAGGCAUGUAAGCACUGCGCUUCCGUAGCAAGGAGUCCACCGAAGGAAGCACCCGUUCCGUGGCCACGACCAACUGGCCCAUGGAAGCGAGUUCAUGUGGACUACGCCGGUCCCAUCGACGGAGUACACUACUUGCUGGCAGUCGACGCGCAUUCGAAGUGGCCGGAAGUGGUGCCAACACAACGGAUCACUUCCACAGCCACAAUCAGCAUCCUACGAAGCAUCUUUGCCCGGCUGGGAAUGCCUGAAACGCUCGUCAGCGACAACGGGACGCAGUUCACGAGCAGCGAGUUCCAGCAGUUCUGCAGCGACAGUGGCAUCGAUCACGUCACCACGGCACCGUUUCAUCCACAGUCGAACGGUCAGGCUGAAAGGUUCGUGGACACGUUCAAGAGGGCGCUGAAGAAGAUCCAGGAGGGGAAGGUCGGCGUUGGAGAAGCGUUGGAUGUUUUCCUGUUAACCUACCGCACAACACCGAAUCGACAGGUCGACGAAGGUAAAUCACCGUCCGAAGCAAUGUUCGGCCGGCGCAUCAGAACAAGUCUGGACCUGCUUCGCCCUCCACCAGAGCGACCACCGAGUGACGAAAAGGAAGGAAACCGAAGGAGCUUCUCUGCACACGAUGCCGUUUAUGCGAAGGUGUACAGCAACAACAAGUGGCGCUGGGCACCUGGAACGGUGUGUGAGAAGAUCGGCAAGGUGAUGUACACCGUCUGGGUUGAGGAUCAGCGGAUGGUUCGAGCGCAUGUUAACCAGAUGCGCAGUCGUGGCGGUACUACACCAGGUAGCAGCAGGCCGCAGUCAGCACUGCCUCUAGACGUUCUGCUGGAUGCGUGGAGCAUUCCGAGAACUGCGCCGCCAGUACCAACACCAUCUUUGUUCCCGACGGACCCCACGGACUCGUCAAGAGAGUUCCCACCGUUGCCACCUGUGCCGUCUGCGUCCUCGUCGGUGUCUACGUCCAUGUCCUCGUCAUCAUCGUCAUCUAUGUCUGCUACGUCAGCAUCCCCGGAGUUCGCAUCGGCAGAUAGCGAACCAGUUACUCCGGUACAGCUUCCACGAAGGUCUUCCAGAGCUCGAAGGCCUCCGCAGUGGUUCGACCCGUACCAUCUCUAUUGAGAAGGGGGGAUGUUGGGGACAACUGGAAUGCGGAUAGCCCCUACCUAUUCCGCCGCCGCUGGACUCGCGGGCGACUGUACAUCUGUCACCCUUUGAUGUCGACACAGCGCAUACAUGUGCAAUUGUUAUGAAUGAAUGUUGUCCAAAUGUAAAUAAAGUUUAGUUUGUUAUUGUUCGUUUUAUCGUAACAACGCGAUUUUAAUUCGUCGUCCGAAUUAUAUGUUUUAAUUUGUUUCUCGCGCUAAUGACCGCAGUACGCGAGUUCGGCCACCACGUACGGGCGCGGGAUACAAAAGUUACUUACACCCGUUUUCAU